AUGAAAGAAAUAGCUUUAAACACUCCUGAGAAGACUGGAAGGGGUCAGAGUCAGACUAUGCCAGCUUCCUCAGAGAAACGUAGCAAAGAGCCCCUGAAGACAUUCAGUGAACCUGCAUCACAAACCGAUGUGUCAAGCUGCGGUACAACAUUGAAGAUAGUGCAGACGCCCCGGAUUUCAUAUAAUAAUCAUGAUGUGCAAGGUAUUAGUACCAAUAAGAGGGGUAGGUCCAAGUCAGGGGAACUGUUUCUUGAUGGCACUGGAUUGAAACCAAAUUUCAAACGUGCUUCGGAUAGAAACAGAGCUGCUGUUAGAUCUCUUGGUAAAUAA